ACUGUUUACCAUUGCCCAGCACGACACUGUGAAAAGCCAAAAUUACAACACCGCUAAAUAAUGGAUACAUCGCGACGCAUCAAUGUUAGCAAAACGUUGGAAGAAGUGCGGAACCAAAACGCGCGAAACGAUAAGCUGUUGCAGGAUUUCGGUAUCGAUCCGUUUACAUUCGCCGAUUCAACGCAGGAAUUGCUCGAUCAAUUCGCGCAGAUACGGUUUCAAACCGGGCUUAGUAUCGCAGAGCCCCAGACGUCGUUUCUUGAGGAGUUUCUCUACCAGCGGGAAGCAAAACGGCUGGAAGCCAAAACACAAGCAAUUACGCUACGUUCGGACGUUGCUUCGCUACGGCGACAAUAUGACAUUGAGGCCAAGAAUGUAAACCGGUUAGAAACCUUUCUCGAAGAAGCGCAGAAGCUUGUGAAAUCAACAGAAGAGCUCGAAAAGAAAAAGGCAAAUCAGGAGAAGAAUCAAGAGGUCGUAAAGCGGAAGCUUGAAUCCCUUCCAAACGUUUCCGACGACAUCAAUUUGGAUGAAUUGAUCACAAACGUGCGUCUGCUGGAAGAGGAGAAUGCUGAAAGGCGGGAUGGCAAUAAGUGAAUACGCAAAUGCAGAAAAAGUGGAAUGGUACAUAAACAUGAGACGGCAGAAAAAAAUCGGGAAAUCACACACGAUCGGGGACCUACAUUAUGGGGAAAGGCAAUAAUAAACAUGCCGUCCUUUGCGGGGAUUUUUGCUAUUGCUGACAUGUUUUCUCCCAGCUGCCGUAUGAGUCAACUCGAUGGGGAUUGGUUGCCGAAUUAAAGUUAAAGUUAAAGAGAAGAGAUGGUAAGCCAUCAUAUGUAAACUGGCGCAUAGGAAGGAUCGUUCAAGCACAUACAGGGCAUGUAAAUGCGUUAAACACAAUUGCACCUACAAUAAAUACAAUAGUUCUCCAAUUUGAAAGAUAAAAAGUGAAAACCGUCGUCAGAUCUGUUGCACGUGA